AAUGGUGAAGGGAAACUACGAACGAUGGUCCUUCGGUGGCCGUGGAAGGGAGAGGGGGGACAAUGGUGAGAAAGCCAAGCAACACCAUCAGGCCUCCGCAGUCUCCGAUGUCAUAUCGGUUUCUGCUGUGAUAAGACGGCAAAGUGAACCGAACUUUGGGCCAACCCUUUACCUCCUUCCUCUUCUUCAUCUGCUGUCAUCUCUGGGUUUCUGUGCCCGUCCACACGACGUCAGCCCUAAUAAAUUAGCGCUGUGGUUCUUUGACCAUUCCUGGGAGCGUCCCACAUCCCCAUGCAUCACAUGCUCCUCUACAGUGCAGAGCCAAACCCUUCCUUGCCACCCUUUGGACCGUCCACACGAGAAACCUAGGAAGAAGCUCACACUGUGUUCUGGAACCAUGAAGUAUGAUGCACAUAGGUGCCCUCCCUGAUGAGGGUUAAUCUGUUCGAUGCAUGAAUUGUUAGGAAGAGCAUGCAAUUACAGCAGAUUAAUUGCAUGAAGACAUCUAUGAUGUCUCUAUAGCCAUCUUAGUCUGUUCUAAUUAGAUCAAGAGAAUUCUCCAUCUAUAAAUAACUCAGCACACGCUUGUUGUGUUGUGGAAGCAUUGUGUGGUUGGCGAUCUGUGCACAUAGCACUGUUGAUCUCUCUCUCUCUCUCUCUCCUCCUCCUCCGCCUCCUCCUCUUGCACUCCGAUUGACUUCGGUCUCCCACCAUCACCUACCUCACCAUCGCCAUGGAUGAGCAGAGGAACAGCCCAAACCGCAGCUCCACCGCCGCGGAGGCCGUCCGCUCCCGUUGGACCCCGAAACCGGAGCAGAUCCUGAUACUGGAGUCCAUCUUCAACAGCGGCAUGGUUAACCCUCCCAAGGAGGAGACGGUGAGGAUCCGCAAGCUGCUCGAGAGGUUCGGCUCAGUCGGCGAUGCCAACGUCUUCUACUGGUUCCAGAACCGAAGAUCGAGGUCCCGCCGCCGCCAGCGGCAGCUGCAAGCUUCGGGUGGUGCAGUUCUGUACGAACCAGCCUCCUCCAGCUCGUCGAGCACAUCGUCCAAUAACUCUUCCGGAGGAGGCAGCUUCUUUCCCUGCUCUUCUUCUGCCUCUUCUUCCUUCUCUAGCUUGGUGGUGCAUGACGGAGGUGGUGAUGAUCUCUUCUCGAUCUCACGCCAGAUGGGCUUCAUGGGCAGUGGCCAGAAUCCUCAUGUGUGCCCUUCCCUAGACCAUCAACCUGGGACUAUUACUGUUUUCAUCAAUGGCAUCCCUUCAGAGGUUCCAAGGGGUCCUAUAGAUUUGAGGGCUACAUUUGGCCAAAAUGUGAUGCUUGUCCAUUCCUCUGGGGAGCUUCUUCCGAUCAAUGAAUAUGGAAUUCUACUGCAGAGCUUGCAGAUGGGUGAAAGUUAUUUCUUGGAAUUUAUCUUGGUUUGAUGCUUCUAUGUUAUUUAUCAUUUGGAAUUAUAUUGCCAGACAGUAAAACAAUUUGUUUUCUUAUCCUACUCUAUGCAAAGGCUACAAAUCUGAAGACACAUGAUUUUUAAUGAGCAUGCUCAAAUUAGUUGUAUCCUUUGGCUCUCUCUCUCUCUCUCUCUAAUGUUUGUGUGUGUUUUGAUGUAAACCUAAUGUUUCUAAAAAGGUUCAUAUGAUUUCUU